GAGGAAGAAAAGUGAGAAAUGGGGAGAAUGGACUAUUUGGCUAUGAAAACAGAUCCUGUAGCAGAAGAUUUGAUCAGUUCUGAUAUGAAUGAGCUGAAGCUGGCUGCAAAGAAGUUGAUCAAUGAUGCAACUAAGCUUGGAGGUCUUGGUUUUGGAACUUCUUUUCUCAAAUGGGUUGCCUCAUUUGCUGCUAUUUAUUUGUUAAUCCUAGACCGAACAAACUGGAGAACAAACAUGUUGACUUCACUUCUGAUACCUUACAUCUUCUUUAGUCUUCCUUCGGUGCUUUUCAACUUUCUAAGGGGAGAGGUUGGAAAAUGGAUCGCAUUCAUUGCAGUUGUUCUAAGGCUGUUCUUCCCCCGACACUUUCCAGAUUGGCUGGAGAUGCCCGGAUCAUUGAUUCUUCUCCUGGUUGUGGCUCCAAACUUCUUUGCGCACACCUUGAAGGACAGCUGGGUCGGUGUUUUGAUAUGCCUCCUCAUUGGUUGUUACUUGCUGCAAGAGCACAUCCGGGCCUCGGGUGGAUUCAGGAAUUCCUUCACUCAGAGCCAUGGAAUAUCAAACACCGUUGGCAUUAUCCUUCUGUUAGUCUACCCUGUCUGGUCGCUGGUGCUUCACUUCUUCUAGGCGCACCGUGCAGUGCUGAAUUAUUGCUGUUCUGCAGAACUUGAAACAAAAAAUUGUACUUUUUUUUUCAAUCUUAUGAUGUGAUAUUGGUAUUUAGUGGGAAAAAAAAAACAAUAAUUUAAUUUCUUAAGUAUAUUUUCUGUUAAAGGAAAAUAAUUUGAAAAUUUUAAUCCGUUGGAUUUAGUGGGGAUAAAAGAAUAUAAUGUCAAGGGUUUGUAUCAAAAUUCGACAUUGUUAGUAAUUGCUUCAUAAUUUAUAUCAAGCUUGAUGUUAAUUUA